AUGAAUGUAGAAAAUAUAUUUGAAAAUGAACAAGUAAAUGUAGAAGAAAUAGAAGUAUUAUCAAACCCAGAAAUACGAACCAGAAUUAGCCUAAUUGAUACAGAAAUAAAAAUCUUAAAAAAUGAACAUACACGAUUAAAAAAUGAAUAUAAAAAUAUACAAGAAAAAAUAAAAGAUAAUGUUGAAAAAAUACAUUUAAAUAAAAUGCUUCCAUAUUUAGUUGCUAAUGUUGUUGAAUCUUUAGAUUUACAAGAUGAAGAAGAUGAACAAGAACCCAAAGAUGAAUAUGAUUUAUAUGAUAAUCCUAACAUUACUAAUAAUAAUAUUUAUGGAAAUAUAUCAAAGAAUAUCCCUGAAGAAGGUUUUCGUGAUAUUGAUGAUGAAAAAAGAGGAAAAUGUAUGGUAAUAAAAACAUCAACAAGGCAAACUAUAUUUCUUCCUGUUCCUGGCCUUAUCGAAGCAUCUGAAUUAAAACCGGGAGAUUUAGUUGGUGUAAAUAAAGAUAGUUAUUUAAUAAUUGAUAAAUUACCUCCUGAAUAUGAUAAUAGAGUUAAAGCUAUGGAAGUUAUAGAAAAGCCAACUGAAGAUUAUUCAGAUAUUGGUGGAUUAGAUAAACAAAUUGAAGAUUUAGUGGAAGCCAUUGUUUUACCUAUGUUACAUAAAGAAAAGUUUGAAAAAAUCGGAAUAAAACCUCCUAAAGGGGUUUUAAUGCAUGGACCACCAGGAACAGGAAAAACUUUAUUAGCAAGAGCUUGUGCAUCUCAAACAAAUGCAACUUUUUUAAAAUUAGCUGGACCCCAAUUAGUUCAAAUGUUUAUUGGUGAUGGUGCAAAAAUGGUGAGAGAUGCUUUUAAUUUAGCAAAAGAAAAAGCACCUGCUAUUAUUUUUAUAGAUGAAUUAGAUGCAAUUGGAACAAAAAGAUUUGAUAGUGAACUAUCAGGGGAUAGAGAAGUACAAAGAACUAUGUUAGAACUUCUAAAUCAAUUAGAUGGUUUUAGUACAGAUGAAACUGUUAAAGUUAUUGCAGCGACUAAUAGACCCGAUACUUUAGAUCCCGCAUUAUUAAGAUCAGGACGAUUAGAUAGAAAAAUCGAAUUACCACAUCCAAAUGAAGAAUCUAGAGCUAGGAUUUUACAAAUACAUUCAAGAAAAAUGAAUGUACAUAAAGAUGUUAAUUUUGAAGAACUAGCCAGGUCUACUGACGAUUUUAAUGGUGCACAAUUAAAAGCUGUUUGUGUCGAAGCAGGAAUGAUAGCUUUGAGAAGGGGUGCAACUGAAAUAGAUCAUGAAGAUUUUAUUGAAGGUAUUACUUCAGUUUUAUCCAAAAAGAAAAGCACACUUAAUUAUUUUACCUAA